UUCAGUAUGGCAGAGGCUGUGUAGACAGGUGGGCUUAUUGUGACCAUCGAAGGGAAACAGUUACUGAUCCAUGUUAAUAUUCAAGAAGACACCCUCUGUGCGUUCUGGUAUUUAAUGACCCCCCUAAAGAUUUGAGGGUCACUAAUGGCUCAUUUGCGACUAGUAGUUAUAACGGUUGAUUGAGCUGGAGGCUUGUUGUGACACUCUGAGAACUUGAUGGCCAAUUAUGCUGUGACAGAGUCUCAGCUAAUCAGCUGAGAAAACCCCUAUAUAUACAGCAUCGUCAGUACAGACGGCAGAGAGGCAGAGAAGGGCGCUGUACACUGACCAGGACCAGACCGACAGAGCAGUCCAGAAGAACAGCAUAACAACACGAGCUAACGGCCAGCAGCUAACCACCAAGUCAACGCUCAGAAGGCCAGCAUACUGGGACAAGCUCUAGUCAAACCUGGUCACGCCCGAAACAGCCCAUAGCCUCUCUCACAGUCUCUGCCACGCCCUUGUGAAGUGUUCGUAAUACUAGCGUAUGCAAUUAGUCCAUGUUAUUAUUAAAAGCCUGUUGAAACUGAAGACCGAGUUUGUCCGUUGUGCUACAUAGAGCACGAGAGGGUUCUUCUUUGGUGCCGUGACCCGGAUCCCUGUCAAAACAAAGAAACAGCCUGGGACAAGUGAAGAUUGACGCUCAGACCAACUUGGGUAAGUAGCUCGGAUUUCUUCUAUUUCAUUUUUUCGUGAUGGCUGGCCAGGAAUUGGGAGAAUUUUUGACAGGGAUAGCAGGACAAAUAACAGGACAAUUAGCGAAUCUUUCGACACAUUAGGAGCACAGGGAAUAGCGCAGGGAAGCAGAUCAAUGUAUGACCAAAGUAGGGAAGAGCCUAUGGAGGUCGAUCAUUAUCGUCCAAAGGCUAAAUGCUUUAAGUGCAACCGAACCGGUCACAGAGCAAGGGACUGUAGUUUCGACGAAAGGACUAGGUCAAGUAAUAGGCCCAGCGUCAACGCAGUUACAAAUGAUAGGGGGGGGGACUCCCGGUAGACCGCCGGCCAUGCUGUGUUGGGUGUGCAAUCAACCAGGUCAUUUCAAAAGGGAUUGUCCAAACAGAACCAGGAAUUAUGGGGUGAACUAUGGAGCACACAGGGGGCAACGUAACAAAGGUUUAAACUGAAGACUCCUUCCCAUAAUGAAACCGCUGGGAAGGAGGAGGAGGGGACAAAAUAUAGUAUAAAUUUAGCUGGUAGCCCAAGUUCAUGUACAGUUAAGAUAGGAAAACAACAAUACAGAUGUUUAAUUGAUUCUGGAGCUGAAGUUUCCAUUAUCCAUAGAAGGGUUUUUCAUAAGCUAAAAGGACUCUAUGAAUUAGGUAAGAAAAAGGUUUCACUGCAAUCUGUCAACGGGAAUGACUUAGAAGUAGACGGUUUUGUAAACAUAACGUUUAAGAUGAGAGGUGUGACGUUAAGUCAUCAAUUUUAUGUUGUAAGCAACAUGAAUAGGAACAUCAUUUUGGGGAGGGAUUGGCUGAAACAAAAUGGUGUCAGGCUCUACUACGACCUCGGUAGCUUAAGGAUAGGAAAGACCUAUGUACCUUUGGAAGAAGACUUGCACAUUGCCUCCAUUAUUCGCCUGGCUGGGGACACCAUAGUAAAGCCUCAGAGUAGAAGUCUAUGCAGGGCAAAAGUUAAGCAAGGGCCACAUUUUUCUGACACUGCUCUUUACCAAGUGGCAGCUGUAGGUACUGGCUACUUGUCAAGUGAACCCGGACUAAUGAUCACUAACUCAUUAGCACGGAUGAAUAAAGAUAGGAACGUACCAAUCAUGAUUGUGAACACUACAAACAAAACGUUUAGGUUAAGGAGAGGGUGUGCAGUAGGAAGGCUAGAGAAUGUGCCUGAGACAAACCAAGUGACACUAGCAGACCAGUUAGGGCACUCAUCCAAAUGAAGUUGCAGAUAGCGACAGGUUCAGUUGUGGAAAGUGAAGUUGCGGAUAGCGACAGGUUCGGUAGUGGAAAUUGAAGUUGCGGAUAGCGACAGAUUCAGUUAUGGAAAGUGAAGUUGCGGAUAGCGACAGGUCCAGUUGUGGAAAUUGAAGUUGCGGAUAGCGACAGAUUCAGUUGUGGAAAGUGAAGUUGCGGAUAGCAACAAGGAGACAUGUUGAUAGAAUCCACUGAACUAAAACGAACUAGGGUCUCUACUGAAAACGCACAUUCCUACAAAGGUAAAAAGGUGAAACAGUUGCUCCAGGCAAUGGCUGGUUUAUUAUAGUUUUAUAUGGUUUGGGAGUAGAACCAGUGUAUACGAUUAAUUACUCUUAUGUUUCAGAGAGAACAUGUUUCCUCUGGGUUUACUCUUCCUCCUGGGGCUAGCACAGGGUUCGAUUAUGUACGAAAACAUUGUAUUUCAAAAACUGAAUGAUAUUACCACGACUAGGUCUAAAUGGCUAGUAACCUUCGUUAUUGAUUUAGACCCAUAUAAUCAGUUUAUUGGGAAGUGUAGGUAUAAUAUUGAGCAAGUCGCAAUGAUGGUUAGACAGUUCUUAAGCCGCUACCACUCCGACAAAUCAACAGGCAUCUUAAGCAUGUACAUCAAAUUAGACGAAGAAAUAACAAGAUUGAAUACAACUUUAAAUAGCCUAGCAGACAAUUUUUUAGAAUAUGGUAGGUUGCGCACACGACCCAAGCGUUCGCUAUUGCCGUUUAUCGGUAGUGCCUUGAGUUUCUUAUUUGGCACUGUGUCUGACGCUGACCUAAGUUCGAUUAAACAAAAUGUACGAAGGCUUGCAGAGAAUCAAGCAGGUAUGGCGCAUGUCAUUCAAGAAGGGCUCUCUAUUAUUAAUGCUACAAGAUUUCAAGUAUCAGAGAAUCGACAUGCCAUUAAUGAAGUCAUUGACGAUCUGGAUAUAGUGGGACAAGAAAUUGCUAAUGUUUCCACUACAUUGAGCAAUCAAAUAGCAAAGUUAGAAUGGGCAACAAAGACCUAUUUGCAAGUGGAAUUAGUAAUCGAAAAUAUUCGAAGCAUGGUACAAACCUUUUUGUCCUAUUUAGAACACCUCCAGCUGCAAAUGAAUAUGUUGGCUUUGGGUCAUCUGUCACCCAGCACCAUAACACCAAGCCAGUUGUUGGCUCUAUUAAAGGACAUUGAAACUCACCUCCCUAUUAGAUUCCGGUUAGCAAGUAAUCCGGUAGACAAUUUAUGGGGUUUCUAUAAGACUUUACUUUGUACCACCGUCCUAUUUGAUGAUAAAAUAUUAGUAAUCACGACGAUUCCACUUUUGGAUGUUAAUGGUGAAUACGGAAUAUACCAGGCUCAUAAUUUGCCGGUACCUCUAGUCAUGAAUCAUAUAAAUACAGGAUCAAACACCAUAAAUAAUAUGGUAGCAAAAUAUCGGUUAGAAACAGAGGUAAUCGCGGUCAAUGCACAACGUACGAAAUAUGCAUUGCUGAAACCUUCAGAAGUUCAGAUAUGUACAAAACCCCUUACGGGCUAUUGCCAUAUCCAGAGCCCGAUCUACCCAAUCAAUCUUAGCCAACUAUGUGUAAUUGCUCUGUUUAUGAAAGAUGAGACAAAGGUCCGACGGACAUGUCACACCGAAGUCCAACCAAAUGCUAUAUUGCCUAGGGCAGAAUAUCUUACUGCGGGACGCUGGGUAUUGACAACCAAUAAAAGAUUGGAUCUUGCAGUGGUGUGUGAUACGGAUAAGUUUUCAUAUACCAUAGUGGUCUUACCUCCGUUAUCAAUAAUUAAACUGAACGCAUCAUGUUCAGCAUCUAAUGAUCAUUUGACUUUACUUCCUUAUUAUCAUAAUGAAAGCCAGUACGAGUUGGAAGAUAAUUUUCUGAAGUUAGUCCAUACCCCGAAUGUUUCAAACAUGUUGCUUUGGAAACCUUUCAUGAAAACUGCUAUAAAACUGAACUUGACUAAGUUACCUGAUAAACUCAAGAGUAUCGAGAAUAUCCCCAUGAAUCAUCUUAUAGAUCAGCUUAAUGAUUUACAGGCCAUGAUACCAGAUGAGGAGACCUCAGAUUGGAAAUAUUUCUUGGGAAUGACCUUAACUGUAGUGGGAAUUCUGGUGGGGAUUUUCUUGUAUGUAAGAUUUAUUAGACCCUGGCUAGCCAAGCGAGAAGUGAGUAAGAGGAAUGUCUUGGCUACAACCGAGUUUGAGAUGGCGCCAGUUGACACUGGGAGCGCAGGUCGCGCCUACAGAGGAAACCUACCCUCUGCGCCCCUCUUGACACAAAGGGACUCCGAUCCAGCAGAAGUUCGACCAACUCCCGCCAUACGGAGCAUCUACCCGACGCUGGAUGCGGGUACCCGAGGGCAUCGUGAGUUCGACUAACGCACGUUGACGGGAAUACGGACAGCAGAAAACUACAUGAAGUGUUGUCGUCGCAUAUGGUCAGAGCACCAUACUACAGCACUUUACAAGUUGACUGUGGAAAAGAAAAGAAAUAUACACAACGCAGGAAAGACGAUCUGACAUUGUGCUGGUGUUUUGCACUUCAGUUCUUUGUGUACAAAGAUAAACUGUAUCCUGUUUUCAGCACAUGUUGUAUUUUGUGAACUUAUAUAUGUAUACGUAUUAACUAUAUGCUAAUGAAAUGGACAACGGAUUGUUGUGGAUUGUAUAUAUAUUUUGAUGUAUUCAUGUAUCUAUGGAUGGUCAUAACUAUUUUCAGAAAUUUUAGGUUGAAAAUUUCUCAUUAAGAAAAGGGCGAAUGUAACACUAUUCAGUAUGGCAGAGGCUGUGUAGACAGGUGGGCUUAUUGUGACCAUCGAAGGGAAACAGUUACUGAUCCAUGUUAAUAUUCAAGAAGACACCCUCUGUGCGUUCUGGUAUUUAAUGACCCCCCUAAAGAUUUGAGGGUCACUAAUGGCUCAUUUGCGACUAGUAGUUAUAACGGUUGAUUGAGCUGGAGGCUUGUUGUGACACUCUGAGAACUUGAUGGCCAAUUAUGCUGUGACAGAGUCUCAGCUAAUCAGCUGAGAAAACCCCUAUAUAUACAGCAUCGUCAGUACAGACGGCAGAGAGGCAGAGAAGGGCGCUGUACACUGACCAGGACCAGACCGACAGAGCAGUCCAGAAGAACAGCAUAACAACACGAGCUAACGGCCAGCAGCUAACCACCAAGUCAACGCUCAGAAGGCCAGCAUACUGGGACAAGCUCUAGUCAAACCUGGUCACGCCCGAAACAGCCCAUAGCCUCUCUCACAGUCUCUGCCACGCCCUUGUGAAGUGUUCGUAAUACUAGCGUAUGCAAUUAGUCCAUGUUAUUAUUAAAAGCCUGUUGAAACUGAA